AUGUAAAUAAACCAUGAAAUAAACAGAAAAUGUCAGUGCGGCCGACGUGUUUUGCUUCGAGCGUGGAGGGAGAGUAAGAAUGUUAUACAAUGAGACUGAGCGCCAGUUCGGACUUUCUAAUCGCCGCCAUCGGUCACGAUAAGGUACAUUUAACAUUAUAUCGCGAGACUUUAAACGAUAAUGUCGUGCGAAAGUAUUAAAGACUAUCUUGCCGCUCACGGUCAAGAGCAUCUGAUAAAAUAUUGGCCGGAGUUAAGUGAAAAUGAGCGGGAACAACUCGAAACUGAAAUACGUAAACUCGACUUGUCGGAAACGAAUGAAAUGUUCGAGCGCGCGAUAAACACAACUAAAGUUAUAUUAGAAAAAUUGGACGAUGAUUUGAAGCCAAUACCUCAAGCCCAUUACGAAUCUGUUUCCAGUUUAAAUGAUGAGAAAAUCGAAGAGUACGAAAACAUUGGAUUCAAUGAGAUAUCUGAAGGUAAAGUUGGUGUUCUGCUACUAGCUGGUGGCCAGGCGACGAGAUUAGGCUUCGGUCACCCGAAAGGCAUGUAUGAUGUUGGUCUACCAUCAAAAAAAACCCUGUUCCAAAUCCAAGGGGAGAGAAUAUUACGAAUUCAACAAAUGGCUGAAGAAAGAACUGGGAAAGAUGGUAAAAUUACUUGGUACAUCAUGACCUCGGAACACACAAUGGCCCCGACUGCUGAGUUCUUUAAAAGCCACAAUUAUUUCGGCUUAAGUAAAGAAAAUAUUGUAUUCUUUGAACAAGGGAGAUUGCCAUGCUUCGAUUUUGAUGGGAAAAUAUUUUUAGAUGAGAAAAACCAUCUCUCUUCAGCACCUGAUGGUAAUGGAGGUAUUUACAGAGCUUUGAAAACCCAAGGGGUACUUAAUGAUAUAGUCAGAAGGGGUGUCCAGCACCUUCACGCGCAUUCAGUCGACAAUAUUCUAAUAAAAGUAGCCGAUCCAGUUUUUAUUGGAUACUGUAAAAGCAAAAACGCCGAUUGUGCUGCUAAAGUCGUUCAAAAGUCUACACCUAGUGAGCCUGUCGGAGUUGUGUGCAGAGUGAAUGGGUAUUACAAAGUUGUGGAAUACUCGGAAUUAACGGAUGAAGCAGCAGAAAGAAGGAACCCCGAUGGACGAUUAACAUUUUCAGCUGGUAAUAUUUGCAAUCACUAUUUCUCAUCAGAAUUCCUUCUAAAGAUAUGCGAUUAUGAAUCAAAGUUAAAACUACACGUCGCUAAGAAGAAAAUUCCCUACGUCAAUGAGAAUGGAGUUCGUGUGACACCAUCAGAGCCGAAUGGUAUUAAAAUUGAAAAGUUCAUAUUUGACGUGUUUGAAUUCGCUGAGAACUUCAUUUGUUUGGAAGUAGCUAGAGACGUUGAAUUCUCUGCGUUAAAAAACGCUGAUACCGCUAAGAAAGAUUGCCCGUCAACAGCUCGGGAAGAUUUAUUAAGACUUCACAGGAAAUACAUCAGAGAAGCAGGCGGUAUAAUCGAAGAUAAUAUAGAUGUUGAAAUUUCACCCCUACUUUCAUACGGUGGGGAGAAUUUAAAAGAUUUAGUUAAUAACGAGGUGUUCUCAAUUUCACCAUUCCACUUAAAAAGUAUGCAAGAGUCCGUAACUAAUGGCAUUAAUGGUAACCAUUAAGAUUAUAUACAGCAAUAGGUAAGUUAAUGUAUCGUAAAAAUUGUGAUAUAUACAAAUUUUUAAAUACAUUUAGAACUAGCUUUUUUUUAAUUUCAUCACAAUAAUCAAAUUUCGAAAGAGGUUAUAUUUAAAAUAAAUUAGUUAAGUAAUCGAUUGAAUAUAUAAUAAGUAAAAAUUAUAUUUUUAGGCUUAAUUGUAAUUAAAAAAUUGUAUUGUUAAUAUUGUACCUGAUUGUACAUAAUGAAAAUAUCCUUUGUUAUUUCUUUUAGAUUUUUCUUUAUUGAAAAUUGAAUUUCUUUUUCAAAUUCUUUAUUUUAAAUUAUAAAUAAAUAUUGUAUCUCAUUGAAGCAUUUUCAAUUAAAUAUAAUUUAAAUUGUGGGUAGACACAAAAUAAAAUAUCGUUUAAGUAAUAAAAUUAUUUUAAUUUUUU